AUGGGGUCCACCGAACACACCGGCAGCAAGUACGACGCCAUCCCUGGCCCUCUUGGUCUCCCUGCUGCAUCCCUAUCUGGCAAGGUCGCCUUGGUCACCGGUGCGGGUCGCGGUAUUGGUCGCGAGAUGGCUCUCGAGCUUGGACGUCGCGGUGCUAAGAUCAUUGUCAACUACGCCAACAGCGAUGCUUCUGCACAGGAAGUUGUUGAGGCCAUCAAGAAGAGCGGGUCAGAUGCGAAGGCCAUCAAGGCCAACGUUUCUGAUGUUGAACAGAUUGUGCGGCUAUUCGAAGAGGCCGUGCAGGCAUUUGGGAAGCUUGACAUUGUAUGCUCCAACAGUGGUGUUGUGAGCUUCGGUCAUGUCAAGGACGUUACUCCUGAGGAAUUUGACCGUGUCUUCAGCGUCAACACCCGGGGUCAGUUCUUUGUGGCGCGUGAGGCCUACAAGCAUCUUGAGGUGGGCGGUCGCUUGAUCCUGAUGGGAUCAAUUACGGGCCAGGCCAAAAUGGUGCCUCGUCAUGCCGUAUACUCGGCGAGUAAGGGUGCCAUCGAGACAUUUGUGCGGUGCAUGGCUGUUGACUUUGGUGAUAAAAAGAUCACCGUCAAUGCCGUUGCCCCUGGUGGCAUUAAAACCGACAUGUACCAUGCCGUUUGCCGUGAAUACAUUCCGAACGGCCUGGGCUUCACAGACGAAGAGACAGACGAAUACGCUGCCGGUUGGUCGCCCAUCCACCGCGUGGGCCUCCCUAUCGACGUCGCUCGUGUUGUGGCUUUCCUCGCCUCUCAGGACGGCGAGUGGAUCAAUGGCAAGGUCUUGGGUGUGGAUGGCGGAGCUUGCAUGUAG